CAGUUGUCAAAAUUUUCUUUUCACGGAGAAUUUAUCGCGAUUUUCCACGAUUAUUCAAUAAUGAAUAUUAAAUUUUCAAAAGUUAAUUACAGCUGCGUUAGUAGCGGCAUUUAUUUGAAAUGAAGAAAAUAUGAGAUCUAAAUAUGAGUUCGCCGUCGGCGUUGGUGUGCCGCGAGAUUUUCGACGAAAACAGCCAGCCUUCUGCCGAAGAAAUAUCUGAUUAUGCCUGCCAGUUGGGCAUUGAUCCAGACAGCGAGAGCCAUCUCCUGCCGCUGGCUCGAGAUGGCCUCAUGCAAGCUCUGCCUGCACCAUGGAAAGCUUAUUUUGAUGAGAAGCUGCAAACCCACUACUACUACAACGAAGACACCAAGAAGACUCAGUGGGAGCAUCCUCUAGACCACGUGUAUCGGGAGUUGGUGAAGAAAGCGCGCGAUGCCUCCGUGCAGGAUGACACUUGCGCCUCUGUGCAGGAACUUCUCACGUCGGAAGAGAACACCAAAAACCUCGAACGCGUCGAAACCAAAGUGGAAAGCGAAGAUGAAGAUCUCAGCACGGACAGCGAACAACACGCCUCAGACGUUAAAGACAACACAAAUCCAACCUUAUUACCAGGGAAUAGGCGCUUAACUCCUUUGGGCCGACCACCUUUAGCACCGCUAUCAAGACUGGACAAAAAACUUGGUGAUCUACGGAUAUCGCCUUUAAGACGUAGCACAGAAAGUCCAAUAUCCCCUAAACCGGUGUUAGUGAGGAAUAUAUCUGAUAGAGAUAUAUUAAGCCGACCGACGUUCGAAAGGCCAAAAAUGUUGUUCAAACAGCAAUCUGAAAUCAUUGAUCUGAGAAUGCAUGUAUUAACAAGUCCGGAGGAAGAGAAUUUCAGUCCUUUGUUGGCGUCUGCAAAAAUAGAAAAGGGUUUGCCUUUGGCAGGCAAAGGAAGCAUGUUUCUCAAAAUAUCUCGCUCAAAUCUACCGAGUCCGGACACAGAUAAAUCUUUGCAAUUAGACUCUGUCACCAAGAGUGAUCCACCUAAGGGCAUACUCCGUGAGAAGACGUCCGAUUCUAUACAAAGGAAAGCCGAAAGCGUUGUUUUUGGGAAGCCCAAACAAACGCCCAGCUUUGAAGAGGAUAAGAAGAGUGUGAGAUUUAAGCUAGAAAAUUUACCCGAACCGACAGUCAGUCCCGGUUCGAACAGUUCCUCAGAACAAAACGACGCGCAGAGCUCCAUCAUCAGUGCCAUACCGACCAUGCCAUCACCUAUCAUACCCUCCUCACCUAUCAUGCCGUUACCUUUCACACCUAUCACGUCCAACAUCACUCUGACACCUAUCACACAUCCCACGGCUCUGAACACUUUGUCUCCUUUAGUAACGAGACCGCCUCUGCCACCAAGGUUAGACAGUCCGAGGGAAAUUAAAAGUGUAUCGGGAUCUGAGAGAGAAUCUUUAGACAGCGAAAGCUUAAAUCGUGGUACAUCGCCUCGCCGUCGUCUCAUAAAACCACCGCCGGCUGAAUAUAUAAAGCCGGAGUUAUUUCAAAAGAAUUUCCAAAAAAUAUCCGAUUUGGUGCGUCGCGCCGACAUUGAUCCACCAUCUGUAACUUUAGACGAACCUAAUUCGGAAAAAGGGAGUAGACCAAGGUCGCCAUUAAUACCACUCAAAAGCAAAAUCUCUAUAAACCUCAUGGAAAGUAUCGAAUCUGAAACAUCUAUCGAUUCACCAGACCGAGAAUUCGCUAAUCUAGAUUUAAACGACUUGGAUGAUUCUAACAAACAAGAAGUGACAGACUUAAGAGAGAACGAACGGGAAAAGAGUCCAAGACUCGAAGACAAUUCUGAAAAAACACAUUCCAAAGCCAGCAGUGACUCUGUUCACAGGUCUCGAGACAUUCCAAUACCUCAAAUAAGAGUUCCUAAGUUAGAUUUUAUGAACAAAGCCAAAUUUACACAUUCCGAUUCCGAGGAUUCCAGAAAAUCUUUACAUGACGAAGAAAAUAAGAACAGUGCUAGAUCGAAUAGUAUUGAUAUACCUAAAGACAUUAAAACGCAAAUCAAAUUAUCACCUACACCAAGUUUAGGUUCAGACAGAUCUCCUAGAUUAGAGUUUACUAAAAAUUGGUCUAGUCCUUUAUCUACAUUUAAACCCUUAAAUAAACCAGUCGUAAAUCCUCUAAAGUCGUCUGAUUCUGCAUCAAGUUUAGGUAAAGGCUUGACAAGUCCUCGACUAGAUGGAGUUAUUCUUUCUCAAGGAAAAUCUAGCUCCGAUAAUGUAGUUGUAGUCUAUCAAUUUGAAACUCAAGACGAAUCUCCGAAACCUGUAAAAUCUCCACUAAUCCCCGAUAUGGGAGUAAGAGAAAUGUUAGAAAGGAACAAGCAGGAUGAAAGGAGAAGAUUAGAGUUGUCAAUGCAAAAAGAAUUGGAGAUAAUUCGUAUGGAAUUUACGGCUAAAGAGAAGAGAAUGAGAGCGGAGUUGCAAGAAGAGUUCAGAGAGGCGGAAGAGAAGUUCUUAAACGAUAAGAGAAUGAGAUUAGCUGAUCAAGCUUUAAGGCACCAACGGGAAUUAGAGGAAGAAUUGGCGGAGGCCGAGAAGUCUCAUAGACAAGAAUUACAAAGUAAGCUAAAGGAUUUUGAUUGGAAGUUUCACAAUGACGCCGAGAUGGCUGCGAAGCAACACGAAGUGAAUAUAGCGGCCUUGAAAGAUGAUUACAGCAGCAAAUUCAGCGAGUUGAGGGAACAAUUAGAGAUUGAAAACGAGCGCGCCCUGACCGAAGUCCACAGUCAAUUGCAAAUGAAUCUCAACAGAGAGAGAUCUCGUAUGAUCGAAGAGAAUAGAGCAACGUUGGAGACAUUGAGGGAAGAGCAUACAAACAGGGUUACCGAGUUGAGGCAUGAUUAUAGGGCGGAGGUGGAGCGUCUGCGCACGCAGCACGGCUGUCACCUAGAGGAGCUGCGCGCGCGGCUGGCGGGCGAGCGGGCGGCGGCGGCGCGCGCGCACUCGGACCGCGCCCUGCACGACAAGUACAAGUGCCUCAAGGAGAAGUACGCGCGGCUCAAGCACGACGUCAAGAUGUCAAUAGAGAGGCGGAACAAACGGCGCGAGAUGAGCAUGACGACGGGCUCCGAGACUGAGAAGUCUAAUUCGCACAAAGCUAACCAAUCUUUGGAAAGAUGUAAAGAACUGAACGAGACGACAUCGGUGAGUGUCGCGGUUGAAGCUGAACCAGCAAGGACGAGGAACAACAACCCCACCAUCAAGUUCACCGACGAGACGUCUUACUCUGAGAGCAACGCGCCCAAGUCCGUCGACAACAACAACGACGAGUGGAAACUUAGGCGGGAUACUACUCUACAAUCCGACACAUCACAAAUAUCAGCGUUGAAACAUCCGCGUACGAAGAGGAACAGCGUCGCCUUCAGAGAACCGCCUCGACGGAGACGAGAGAGAGAUAGAGAUGCAGGCGCCACCACAGAUUGUCAAGACUCUUCAGACGCCACUACAGCUGAUGAGAAACCAAAAGAGGCAAUAAACGGUCACGGCCGACGUAGGUGUUUUACAAGAUUAAAAUCAGCAUCCACGUCGCGACUUAACUAUUCGCCUAAGCGCGGCGAAGGUUGGUCCAGCCCAUUAGAAUCCCUAAGGCAACAGUUGCGCAAAUUAGACGACUUAGAAGACCAGUUCCCAGAUUUGGCGUGUCAACCGGCAUAUAGUUUACGAUAUCCAUUCUCUGAGCUGGGUGCGGUCGCCACAGCUGACACGCCCGAGUUGGAGUUCGUCCGGCACCGCGCGCUGGUGGAGCGCGAGGGUAUGCGGCGCGCGCGCGCCGUGCUCAAGCGGCGCCGGGCGGCGCUUCGGGAGUCCCGGGCCUCGCUGUCCCCGCACAGGGCUCCUUCGGAAGCAACGACGAGCGAAGCGUCAUCGGGUAGCGAAGCGGCGAACGAAGUGGAAACAGGCGGAGCGGUGCUUCGCUCGCUGCGGGCGCUACACGCGGACGUGCGGGACAUCUGGCGAGCCCUGGACGCUAGGAAGCUAAGCAAUGUUUCACCGGAGACGAGUUCCUGUAACAUGCCGACCACUUCCCAGACGAGAAUGACAUUAUCCGCUCCUGAACCCGCGAUGCAAGACAACUCCGACAGUGUGGCGGAAAGGGCCAAAGGUUUGCGCGCCUGGCUCCAAACUGCGCCGUAAUAUGCCUACACCAUUAUAUCCUACAGUAAUAUAUUCAUACACACCGUUCCACCAAUCAGAUCACGGAGACUAGACUGAAAGAUCACAUGAUAUAGUGGCACGUGAUCUUGCAGUGAUCUGAUUGGUGCGUUCGAAUCAGAUCACGGAGACUAGACUGAAAGAUCACGUGAUAUGGUGUCACGUGAUCUUGCAGUGAUCUGAUUGGUGCGUUCGAAUCAGAUCACGGAGACUAGACUGAAAGAUCACGUGAUAUGGUGUCACGUGAUAUUGCAGUGAUCUGAUUGGUGCGUUCGAAUACGCUGAUGCUACGUACACGUAUAUGUAACAUUUAAUUAUACGAAUCUCAGAUUGUAUGUUAUUUAAGUUAAAUUAUUUCCCGUAAUUGACAAAUUAGUGUAAAUUAAACGGUUUCUUUUUAAAUUCGUAUUAUCAUGAAUAUAACAAUGAUGAGUCUAAUGUUUUCCUAAACCUAAGGUUGUCUGUUAAAGAUCGCUCCUAAGCGAUAAGGCCGCCUUUUGAUUCCUAGUCAUAAUAUAUUUCUGUUUUUUUUAUUUGAAUUUCUGUGCUGUACGAAUAAAACGUAAACAAGUAAGUUAAUUUCUGUCAAAUUAUUUAAUUUUCUGUUAUGAAUUUAAUUUUUUUUAAAUGCGUUGAUUUUUUUUAAUCUGCUUUAUACAAAUGAAGUGGAAUAUAAACUUUUAGGUUGUAAUCUAGUGUUUACUCGAAAAGUCUUUAGAAUCUAGUCCGUUAAAUUGUAGUCAAUUGACUGAAUCGUAUCGAUCGCGUAUUAUACUGUAGUGUUUCUAGAAAAAAAAUGGAAUAAUGUAUUUCUAGAAAUUAAUGUGUAAAACUAGUCAUCUCGCGAUUUCUUAGCUUAAAUACUAUUAAAUAUUAUGAAAUAAUUAAUUAAUAUAAUAAAUAUGUAAUAUAUACAGCUCUGUAUUUGCAGUGUGAUGAUAAUAUUUGUUUUAAGUGUAAAUAAGUUUGAAUGGGAGAUUUUUCAUAUACUUUCUUGUAUUUAACGUUUAAAUCAAUCGAUGUAUAAAUAUAUAUUCAUAUAUUUCACAAAAAACACAAUAAACCACGCUCAGAAUGUUGAUUAAAUAUUAAUAAUAAAUAUUUAUUAUUUAAAUAGUAUUAAUCUCCUAAAGAUUAUUUAAUUUUUCGUCGUAAUUAAAAAAUAUGUUUUUGACAAUACGACGCAAACCGCCUGUCGGCCAUGACAGUCUUAUAUUUCGACUGUUUCAUGACGUCACUACAACAAAUCCCAUACAAAUGGAGCGUUUGUCAAAAAUAUUAGCUAACAAUUAGUUCGACGUUUAAUACAUCAAGGGUGUUAGUGACGUCACAAAAUUGACAGACGUCACCGUUUUUGACGUUUGGAUUUUUUUUUAUUCUUUACAAGUUAGCCCUUGACUACAAUCUCACCUAGUGUUAAGUUUUGAUCUCAGUCUAAGAUGGAAGCGGCCUAACUUGUUAGGAGGAGGAUGAAAAUCCACACACCUUUCGGUUUCUACACGACAUCGUACCGGAACGCUAAAUCGCUUGGCGGUACGUCUUUGCCGGUCUUUUGAAUAAAUACGUGAUAUAUAAAUUAAAUUUUAAAAGAAACCCUUAACUUUUAUUAAUUGAUAUUGAUAUAUUUCAGAGCCUUAUUCCAUGUAUUACACGGAAUUAAUAUAUUAUUAAAUUUGAUAUGAGUCCACCAACAAACUGUUAACCAACAAACAAAUAGCGUAUUUGAUUGUUGGUUAACAAAACGGUUUACAAAACGGAGGUCCUGGGUUCGAUCCCCGGCUGGGCAGAUUGAGAUUUUCUUAAUUAGUCCAGGUCUGGCUGGUGGGAGGCUUCGGCCGUGGCUAGUUACCACCCUACCGGCAAAGACGUACCGUUACAACGUACGUAACAAGUUAGCCCGCUUCUAUCUUAGACUGCAUCAUCACUUACCAUCAGGUGAGAUUGUAGUCAAGGGCUAACUUAUAAAGAAUAAAAAAAAAAUAAAGUCUGUAGUAUAGUAUAGUGACGCGUAGGCCUACAAACGCAUAAUUACCAUAAAUGCACAAACCAGCCAGCACAAAAGUCUUAUUAUGACUAUUUGCGACACAAAUUAAAAAAAAGGGAGAUUGAAAAGGUAAAGUAAAAGACCAAUAAUCACCA